UAUAUAAAGUUGUUUGUUUAUGUUUUGCAGCUGUUCACAGUUAUUCUAGUUCCUGUGUUAGUUUAUUGAAAAUAUGAAGCGAAAAUAUUGGGGAUCCUUGGAAGAUGGUAGUGACAAAAAGAAGGAAGUAUCUAGCAACGAAAUUAUCCUGCCGAUGACAAAAAUGGAAAAAUUCCAACAAAUAAAACUUCCAUACACCAUCAACCGCGGAAGAAGUAUCCCACUGAAAAAUCCUCUGGUUACGCAAACAGUAGAAGUGAUGAAUCAAACGGAGAUGAUCCAGACUCUGAUCGACACAUAUUCGACCAAAUCCGGUUACAGUUACAUACUAAAUCCGUGUCAGUUGAUGCCGAAUAUUGAUUUUCCUCCUGCUAACACAGCUGAUUUGAGUGGGAAUGAGAAAAUUUGUCGGCCACUGUGGUUCGUUAAUCCUUAUGAGAGCCGUUUCACACGGGGCGAACCCAAAAACUAUCCAAAGCUGACAAGGCCGGUUCUGAUGCAGGCGCUUAGAAAGGUCACUUGCGGUCUGCUGCGGGUUACCGGGUUUUCCGAGAUCAAUGAAUCUGCAUUGAUAAUGAUGGUUGAUGGAAUUGAUCAGUACAUGCGGUUGCUGUGCGAAUCUAUGCGUGAUGUACUGAUCAGCGAGAGUCGUGAGACAGAAUCGACACUGGAUAUUUUAACACUGGAAAAGGGAUUUUUCUCUGUUACCAAAAAAAGUGUUACUAGUCUUCAUAAUUAUUACAAGGAACUAGGCAACAAAAACAAGAACGAAAUUCGCGAAUUUAAAGAAAUAUUCCAAGAGUACGACAAGUUACUGCAGGAGAAUCAUCUUUCGGCUGCACAAAACAUGCACCAAAAUGUAAGUAAGAUGGAAGGUGUCAAAGAAGAUUAUAUGAAUUUCUUGGAUGCUGGUCAACAACUGCAGCAGUGCAGUGAUGUAUCCGGAACCGCGACAAGCUCAAUGGACGCAACGUCGACAAUCAAUAUAAUGAGCUUUUUGAAUGGAGACGGUGGCGGCACAGACCUUAAAGAUAUUUUGGACGGUAAUUUACUGGAAUCUUCGCGCCCCUCCAACACGGAUCAGAUUACAAGGCUGCAGACAAAAGACACCUUUCAUUUAGAAUCAUAAUUGGACAGUAUAAAUAAAUAAUCAAUUCAAUCUAC